UGGUUGAUUAAGGAAACUUGUUGAGCCGAGGACCGAAGGGCCAAGUCCAGUACCCUGCCUCUUGAAAAUAUAGCGGUUAUGCAUCUGUCAUUUGAAGGUCGGGCAAAACAAGAACAAGCUGUUCAUAUAAACAUUCUGUCACUCAGCUGUCAGCCUCUGCAUUGAUGUUUGGGAAACAGAAAUCUUCUGAAAAUUCUGCAGGUGAAGCCAUCCAUGGCUGGAAGUGAUGUCAAGCUUGUAGGUAUAAGGCCUUGCCCUUAUGUGAACCGGGCGCAAAUCGCCCUCAACCUGAAGUCUGUAGAACAUGAAUUUAUCGAGGUGAAUCCAUACACUGACAGAGACAUGCUUGUGAAGUUGAACCCGGUUCACAAGAAAAUCCCGGUUUUGAUCCAUGAAGAGAAGUCAGUCUGUGAAUCCUUGAUCGUUGUUCAAUACAUUGACGAGGUCUGGACUAAUGGCACCGCCAUUCUCCCUUACGAUCCCUAUGAUCGCGCCAUUGCACUUUUCUGGGCAUCCUAUAUCGAGGAAAAGUGGUCUCCAUUACUGGGAGAGCUUAGGAAGGCAGAAGGGGAAGAAGAAAAGGCAAAAGUAAUGGAGAAAAUAGGGCAAGGGAUGGCAUUACUGGAAGAGGCUUUCCUAAAAUGCAGCAAAGGGAAAGCUUUCUUUGGAGGGGAUAGCAUUGGGUAUGUUGACAUUGCUCUAGGAGGGUUCUUGGGAUGGAUAAAGGCGACGGAGAUAUUGGCUGGCCGGAAAAUACUCGACGGAGAAAAAACCGCCGGGCUGGUGGGAUGGUCUGAGAGGUUCUUGUUGGACAAAGCUGUUAAGGAUGUGAUCAUGGAGCCUGAGAAACUUGCUGAGAUUUAUCAGAGGUUUCAAGCAGCUAAGGCAAACUAGCAACAACUUCAUGGAUGUUGCUUUUUUACUUUUUAAAAUUCACUCCGGGAUUGAUCGAAUCUCGACUGAAUUAAUUAUAUCUUACUGUAUCUCGAAGCAUUAAAAUAUAACAAAUUUCUCAUGUUAUUGUAAUUCUCUUUUGUGAUAAUUGUUCAAGUUAGAUCA